CAAAAACGAUCUGUGGUAAUAAAAAAUAUCUUCCCGGUAAAAAUAAUUUUCAUCAUUUUUUUUCAUUAGAUUUAAAGUUUAAUGUCAAUUAUGGUUUUUAUAUUUAUUUAAUGUAAGUAAUCAAGAAAAAUAAGCAUAUUACAAUAUGAUUGUUUUAAAACCCUCAUGGAUUACUCAUAAUGGAAUGCCAAUAUUUUCAAUUGACAUCCAUCCUGAUGGUACUCGUUUAGCUACUGGUGGACAGGGAAGUGAUUCUGGUUUAGUUAUUUUAUGGAAUACAGCAGCAAUAUUAGAUGAAAAUAGUGAAAAUGACGAAAAUGUUCCAAAAAUUUUAUGUCACGUUGAUAGUCACUUAGCCUGUGUCAAUUGUGUUCGUUGGAGUACAUCGGGUAAAUAUUUAGCAUCUGGCGGUGAUGAUAAAAUUAUUAUGAUAUGGUCACUAACCAAGUAUCCAAAUAGUGGUAAUGUUGUUUUUGGAACAAAAAAUAUUGUUAACAUUGAAACAUGGAAAUGUAUGUAUACACUUAGAUCACAUUCAGGAGAUAUACUUGAUUUAGCUUGGUCUCCCCAAGACACAUAUUUGGCAUCAUGUUCUGUAGAUAAUACUAUUAUAAUAUGGGAUGCUCAAAAGUUUCCCUCUGUACAUAAAAUACUUACUGGUCAUACUGGGUUAGUUAAAGGGGUAUCUUGGGAUCCUAUUGGAAAAUAUAUCUCGUCUCAAUCUGAUGAUAAAUCAUUAAGGAUUUGGAGAACUUCAGAUUGGCAGUCCGAUACAAUUAUUACUACACCUUUCAAAGAUUGUGGUGGAAAUACUGCAGUACUAAGGCAUAGUUGGUCACCUGAUGGUCAAUACCUUAUUUCAGCUCACGCUAUGAACAAUACUGGCCCAGUCGCUAAAGUUAUAGAAAGAGAUGGUUGGACAUAUGAAAAAGAUUAUGUUGGACAUAGAAAAGCUAUAAAUUGUGUUAGAUUUAGUAGUUCAAUAAUGGAACGAAAAAUUGGAAAAAAAACACAUAAAAUGUGUUUAAGUGCUGUUGGUUCUAGAGAUUCGAAUGUUUCUGUUUGGCUUACUGGGCUCAGAAGACCUGUAGUAGUCCUUGAAAGUUUGUUUCAAGGACCUGUUUUAGAUUUAUCUUGGUCAAAAGAUGGCCUCAAUCUGUACGCAUGUUCUUUUGAUGGUACUAUAGCAAUUUUAUUAUUUGAUCAAAAAGAUAUUGGUAAAGCACUAACAGAUCAAGAAAAAAAUGCUAUUUAUGAAAAAAUGUAUGGUGUGUCUUUAUUAGAAAGACAAAACAAUACAAUGCUUAUUGAAAACCCUGCAAUUUUAAAAAUGAAUGGUAUUCAAUCAGUAGUUAAAACAAUAGAUUACUCUUCUAAAAAAGAAAUAAAAAUACCUCCUAAAACUUUACCUCCAAUAUUAAAAAAACAAAUUGAAACUCGAACUUCUGAUGGACGUAGACGUAUAACUCCUAUUUUUAUACCGCCAACAUCUGAUAAUACUGAAGAAAUAAAUAUUUUACCAUUUUCUUCAUCGAGUGAAAGUAAAAGUCAAGUGGUUAUCGAAAGAGUUGAUGACAUAAUAGAACCUAAUAUUAGUAAUAGCUGUAGCAACUUUAGUCAAGAAUCUCAAACACCAAAAAUUAUUGACUCAACUGUGUUAAAAAAUCCACCAACUUCAGUAUUACAAGUUUCUCCUCAUAGAAAUGAAUCUAAAAAGAAAUCGGAACCACAAUCAAUGUUAUCUAGCUUAUUCCCUAUUAAAAAAAUAAAAUUCAAUGCAGUUGAAGAAAAAUGUGAUAAUUUAAAAUCUGAUUUUAUUCAAUGUUCUGCUCAAAAGCGAAAAUAUACUGUUUCUGAUGAAGGCGCUUAUAAAGUUGUCAUUGAAAAUGAGAAAUGUAAUACAACAAGCGGACCAAUAUCAAAGAUGAAAGUUUAUUCUAACAAUAUAAUUAUUUGGGAAAAGGUAUUUAGUUCUAGUAUAGUGAAAUACUGCAUGAAUAAAACAUUGUGUGUCUUAAUUGUAGCAUUAAGUAAUUCUACAAUACACUUAUUAGAAUCUAAGAAUGGUUCCCCUGUUUGUCCUCCAUAUGUUUUAUCAUCACCUGUUAAUCAAAUAAGCUCCAACAACAACUAUUUAUUAUGUAUGACUCAAAAUACAUUAUCUGUUUGGGACAUCAAUGAACAAGUUUGUGUUUUACAUGAGGAAAAAUUAAAUACAUUAAUUUGUUCUAACAAAAAUAAACCAGUCCAUGUACAAAAAUGUAUGUUAACUGAAAAUGGAACAGCUCUAAUAACUUUAACUACAGGAAAGUCCUAUAUGUUUUCUAUUAAAACUAAAUGUUGGAUGAUGAUUGGAGACAGUGGAGAUCCAAUAUAUUCAUAUUCUUCUCAAAAGCAUAAGCACAACGAAUUAAAUAAAAGUAGCACUCAAUAUCCAUUAAGUGUGAUGCAAGCUUAUUCUUCUAAAUAUAAGCCAAAUUUGAUCUUAAAAGGUAAUGAAGAAAUAACAUCUUUAUGUUCAAAAGCAUUUUUAGAACAACAAAUGUCAGCAGCUUUAGCUUUGGAAUCUGAUAAAGAAUAUAAGUAUUGGCUUUUAACAUUUGUUUCAUUUUUAACUGAAACAGAAGAUAAUGAAAGUUUGAGGUUCUUAUGUCAAAGUUUACUAGGAAGUUCUCACAGUUAUCAAAAACAUAAAAAAAAUCACACCAUACUAGGUAUGUCAAAACAUGAACUUUUGAAAGAAGUACUAGUUAUAGUUGCAGGUUCAAGAAGUACUCAAAGAAUAUUUACGGAGUUCCAUGAUCAAUUACAGCAACUAUCCAGAUAAAAAAAAUAAAAAACAUAGUAUAACAUGUUUUUACUCUUUUUACAUUGAAUGUAAAUCAAUGGUUUUUAUUUUUUAUGAUUCCUUAAUAAUACUUCUGACUUCAUAAUACUACUGUAUUACUUCAUGUUUAAAUAGUUUAUAUUUUUGUUUUAUUCAUAGACAUUACACUUAACUUAAUAAAUGUUAUUAGCUUAACUUAAAUGUAACAUAAUAUAAUGUUCAGUGUAAUGCAAAAUUAUAAUUAAGUUUUUAGUUCCUUUUACUUAUAAUGAAGUAUAUUUUUACUUGUAUUUUUGUAAUUUAAAUAAUAUUAAAGUAAUUGAAGUAUAAUUGUAACAUAGAAAUUAAUUCAUAUAGGUUUUGGCUUUAUACAAUUGUAAUUUAUAUGGGGUUUUAAUACUCAAGUAAGAUUAAUCUUAAUUAUUGGCUAUGUUUACUGUAUAAUUAAUUAAAUUUGUUAACAAAUGCUGUGAUUUUUUUAUUUAUGUUAAAAAAAUUGUACAUAGUUUUUUUUGUAAAUUUUUGUUAUUUUGUAUGUAAAAAAUAUUUAUGCUGUAUAAUAUAUUUGAUGAACAUCUAAAAUAAUAAAUGACAACUUGGUAAAUUGAGCUUGUA